GGCGUUUAGCGUCGACGCCUAAACGCAGGGACCGGAGGUCCUGCUGGCCCUCUGCGCAUGCGCGACAGACGUUAGUCUCCGUAGCCAGACAGCAGCAGCUCGGAGAACCAACACCGGGGAUGUUCUCUUCAUUAUUUCUCAAAAACAAUAUAAAGACUAAAUUUCAACACAAUGAAGUUCCCCUACUCAUAGAUUCGUGAGGAUAUGGUGAGGAGAAGGUGUCCCGUGCUGCAUUAGCGUCAGAGUGAUAUGCUGGCCUGUCUGCCGGCAUCAGGUGACCCUACCGCCAGACUUCUCCCCCGCACGCAGAUGAACACUGGACUUCAGAAAUGGGAAACUACACAGAAGAUGAGAUCUGCCAGCUAUCCAACCCCAGCAGAGUUGGAUGCCUAUGCUAAGAAAGUUGCCAACAGCCCUCUGACCAUUCAGAUCUUCCCAAACAGUGUCAAAGUACCUCAAAGGAAGCACAUUCGCCGCACAGUCAACGGGCUCGACACGUCCUUGUCCGGCCAGCGCCACAGUCCCUACCCGUCUCAGGUCAGCUCCAGUCAGGGUCUGCUGGCCGUUCUCCGCGCGCCCGCCAAAGGAGUCGUCAAAGAGUCGGACGGCAGCCGCACCAGGCACUUCCAGAAAUCCGCCAUGAACCCUCACAGCGGGGCGUACGGCGCUCAAAGCACUUUAAAUCUCUCUCAACCAGCCCCUCACCUACAAGGCCCGCCUCAGAAGCAGUGCAUGGUUCACCCGCAGUCGCUGCAGCAAAGCAUGACUCAUGCGAUGACUUUACAGCAGCCUCAAACCAUGCCACACCCGCAGGCUGUACAGCAGAGGAGCUUGGCUCAUUCGCACGCUCUGCAGCGGCAGCAGAGUUUGUCCCAGGUCCUCACUCCUGAGCAGAGAUUGACUCACCCGCAGAGCAUACAGAGGCAGCAGAGUCUGCCUCACCCCCAACCGCAGCAGCACCAGAUCCAGCCUCAUCCCCCGGUCGUACCACAGCAGCAUCUUUCUCACCUGCAGACGCUGAAGCAUCCGGCGGCUCCUCCGCAGGCUUUACACGCACAGCAGGGACGGACUCAAGACCUGCGCCACAUGUCCGACGGGGCCCAACUUCCGAGCAUGCAGCACGCCCAGGGGCUAGGCGGCCCGCAGCCCGCCCCCCAGGCUGCGGGCACGGCACUUCAGACCAAUAGCCUUCAGCAGCCCCCGCCGGGGGCGUACGGGCUCCGGAAGCCCCCAGAUGCCGACGCCCCACCAAAUGUAACUGUAUCUACCUCCACCAUCCCGCUGUCAAUGGCGGCUAGCCUGCACCAGAACAGGCCGAGUGACCUGAGCAGCAUCGUGCACCAAAUCAACCAGCUGUGUCAGGCACGGGCCGGUAUGGGCUCCACCUCCGUCUGCGAGGGCCAGAUCGCCAACCCCAGCCCGAUCAGCCGCAACCUGCUGAUCAACGCCAGCUCCAGGGUGUCCUGUCACCACCCGGCCCUGGGCUCCGGGCCCAGCUGCCUCAUGGUGGGACCCUCGGACAAAGCCUUGGCUCAGACUCCCAUUGCUGCACUCCACACUCUGCCCAGUUUAGCUGCAACUAAUAGCAUACCUGCCUUUCAUGCAGACCCCGAGAAGGUACAAAUGCAGCAGCUGCAGCAUUUACAUCAGCAGAAACAGCUACAGCUGCAGCAACAGCAGCAGCAGCAGCAGCAGCAACAACAACAACAACAACAACAACAUUUACAACAUCUGCAGCAGCUGCAGCAGCAGCAGCGCUCCUGGGCCCAGCAUCAACUGGCCCACAUGCAGCAGCCCCCCGAGGGGGCCCAUCCCUGCAAGAACCCAAGGAUGGAGCCUCCAACCGAGUGUGCUUUUCCCUCUCGAAACCUCAACUAUUCCCACAAGCUCCCCAACGCCGCACAGUCCUUCAACCUGAAGCACGCCUCAGACAAAGGCCGGCCGUCGUCCCCCAUCAACUGCCCAGUAGGUUCUAUGCCUUACAUUAAUGGCCACUACAUGCAGCCGCCGUGGGGCGGCAUUCCGGCCACAGCGGGUAACACUGGAUCCGGCCCUCAGGACCUCCCCGGAACGUUCCAGGGAGUGCAAGUCGCUGCCUCCGCAAACCGCAUCCCGGGUGCAAAGUAUCGGCCAGGCAAAGAGGGUCCUCCUGACCAGGCCAAGCUGAUGCAGAAUGUGGAUUUCUUAGGGGGCGACUUCCAAAUGCCCAGCUUUCAGGAGCAAAACAUGGGUGUGAUGGAGAAGAUGCACAGGUCGGCCAUGGGCCCAGUUCAGGAGCCCAAUAAUGGCAGCGGCGUUCACUCCCAUCACCCGGGCUACCGUUAAACCCCCUCCCCUUAUUGUGUUUUGAGCGCUAUCUCUAUAGCUCCUGUAGUUUAUACUCUUAGAUCUUGCAAGUGAUCAAUUACACUUUAGUUGCUCCAGAGCUCGAUUUGUAGACCCCAUCAGGUUGUGAUGUUUCAAAGUAUUCCUCAGGUCUUAAGCCAUGUUGUACCUUUGUUGCAGAUGAAGGUUUUUUUGUUUUCAGAUUGUUGUCCACUGUCGAGUAGAAUUCCACUUCUUUUAUUACUGGCAUGGAUGCGCUGCUUUUUGUUCAAGUAUACAUUAUGUUCUAAAAUAUUCAUUUGCAGAUGAGAAGCUUGCCACAUGGCUGUUUCCUAGGUUAACAUGUCAAAAUGUUUUUUGUUUUGUUUUUGUUUUUUAGCUUUUGUGUCCUUACAACUGGCCAAAGGCAAGAUAUUAGGAUAUCCUUGUGUGGUGUUUUUGGUUUGUUGCUAUUUAUCCUCUUGUGAUCCAUAAGUUACAUGUAUAUGCAAUUAAUAAGACUGUUGAUAAGGCUUUGGUCCCAGAGGCUCCCUCUCGUGUUUUGAGGUUUACACUUAUAAGCGGGGCCCUGCUCCUCCAUCAGGAAUACAACAUGGCUUCUGAACUGCACCGUUGGUGGUGCAGCUCAUUUUUUUUUCUGCAUGGUUCACAGUACACAUACACGGCUCACUAAUCUGAUAAAAAAGGUGACAUGGCUAAUACUAGCAUAACGACAGUAACCUUCUUCCUUUUGUUAACUCUUUGUUCGGUAAGUCGAAAGGGCCCUCGUGUGUGCGUGUGAUAUCUCAAGAAUGGCGUUGGAAGAACUCGUUUUACCAGCUCUAUUUGUUGCGUUUCUAUAAACAUCCCACUUGAACGGUAGAAAUUCUUUCCUGGAUGUUAACCUGUCAUCUGGCGAAAGAAGCACAAACUCCCUGAGCCCCUGUUUGUCUGUAUCCAACGUGUCGGCAUGUGAUUGAUCACUUGCAAGCGUGCGAGUACUCAAAAUAAUGCAAGCUGGGAAGACGCUUUCCCCUGAAGUGGUGUGGACGCUCCUCCUGGUCCUCCGCCCCGCCGUGGCUCUGCUACCUGUAAAGGCAAAGCGAGGACAUUUAAAGCUUGCCAAGUCCAGCAGGAAGCUCUUCAGGUUGAUGUUUUCGGGGGAACAGGUUGCUCCUCAUGCGGGGGUGGUGGGGCUAAAAUGUCACAAUAGAUAUCCUUUACUUAACACUUCCCUUAACUGACUUCCUUUACUGGGAUCCCAACUUGUUUGUGGCCUCGUUGUGCGAGAGAGCGUGUGUUAAUUUUUAUUUUUCCCAGGAGCUUAUUUGGCAUUUAAUGUGUAUAGGCAAAGGAAUGGGUGGUAAUGUCUUGGAUUUAAACAUUAAGGUAAUCAUGCUACUCAUACUUGAUGAAUCACCCAUCCUACUGUCUCAAAUGUUGCCUAUCAAGGAUUUUUAAAAUAUGAAUAGUGUUUAGCAGAAUGACUAGGUAUGUAGAAUUGGGUUGUAGCAGUUAUUUUAAACUAUUUGUACUGUUUUUUUUUGUUUUUUUUAUAGUUAUGCUUAAUAAAUAUCCUGAUAUAGUUUAAUUUAUUAUUAUUAUUUUUGGACCGCUGUGUCCUGAAGCCAUAGGUGUUUUCACAUUAGGUGCCAUAGGUGGGUCACACAGACGCAUUGUGAACUUAGUCUGCCCUCUGGACGUCUAAUAAGAGCUUCGCAGCCGUUACUCGGAGCGUCUUUCACAGCGCUGAGCGUUCUUCUUCUUCCUCCUCCGUUCUAUGAAUUGUCCUCGGAAACACAGCGCUGGCCAAUGGGAGGCAGAGCGGCGAGGACGAUGCCCAGACAGUGAGCGUAGGUGCAAGGAUUUUCUGGUAUUUGGUCUUUAUACCUAAUGGCAGUUUUAUUUUGUUUUGGUUCCCUGGCUCUUGUUUUUGAUGUGCCUGCCCCUUAAAGCUGCUAUAGACUUUGAAACUUAACAUACACUAGUCUAAUUUGUGUAGGCGUGUGUGUGAAUAGUAAUGAUGUAUGAGCUCUAUCAGUGAAAAUAAGUUCCUAUUUAUGUGGUGAAAAUUGCCACCACUCAAAUGCUGGAAAGUUUUCUUUAUUCCAAAUAUAUCUAAUAACUGACCAGUAUUUGGAAUGGUUAAGUGAUUUUCAGCAGUUGGACGUGUGUGUGUGUGUGUGCGCGCUUAAUCAACACUAAUCAAUGCGACAGACCUGCCCUGUUUAUUUUUGAACUGCCUCGUUACAACCCGACAGUCAGGUUCUACACUUUCAUAUGAAGUGCCUCCACUGGUGGGUGUGUGUGGCGUGGGUACUUGCACACAGGUGUGCGCGCGCCGGUAAAAACGUGCACAAGUUAAUCUCUGACUGGGGACCAAGCUACUUAGUUAUAACUACUGAUACUGUGUAAUGGACUUGAAGUCCUGAAGUGUGCCACGCCGGGACGUGUGAACUGUUUGCUGCUGACUCACCGACCAAAGCGACCAGGCGUGACCUCUGUAACCACCCCGGCGAGCUUGUAUCGGGGACGGAUGGUGACGAGCAACAACCCGGUGACAUAAGGAGAGCCGCUGCCCUCGGUUGUCACGGUUACAUCGAAUCUUGUGAAGUAAAUGUGUAAAGAUGUGAACGGAGCGUUAAAAAAAGAAAAGAAAUCUAGAGUGUGGUUCCUGUCUGCACCCCCAAUUUGGUUUGGGCCAAGCAAGGGUCGGAUGUUUUAAACGGACCUUUGCAUGUGUUGUGGUUCCAUUUCACAAUGUCAUCAUGCAGAAAUGUCGCAGUACGCGUGGACGUGCACUGUAAAAUCCAUCCAGCUGUCUGAUGGCAAUACUAUUGGGACGACUCUGGAUUUGCUUUUACUCUGAUCUGAUUGUCUUUGAUUAAUUGAAGAUGUAUCAUGUUGUGAACGGUGGUGGAGGGGGGCUUGCUUUCUCUACUUUGUGAAAAUGUGAUAUUCCAGUUUUGCCUAACCUUCAGGAAUAAAAAUGUCUUGCACAAACAUUCCCCCUAACCAAAAUAAAGUUUGCAAACACAAA